AUGUCUUCCCCGCCUCCGCUCGCCCUCUCGAUCCUCCUCUCCCGCCUCCGCGGCUGCAGCGGCGCCGCCAGCCACGCGCUCCAGUGCCACGCCCUCCUCCUCACCUCCGGCCACCUCGCCGCCUCCCCGCUCCGCCUCUCCAACCUCCUCCUCCUCGCCCUCGCCUCCGCCUCCGCGGCCUCCCACGCCGACGCCGUCUUCGCGCGCCUCCCGGUGCCCGCCUCCCGCCACCCCUUCCCCUGGAACACCCUCAUCCGCCUCCACGCCGCCGCCAGCCCGCGCAAGGCCCUCGCCUACUUCGCGCGCAUGCGCCGCGCCGCGGUGGACCCCGACGCCUACACCUUCCCCGCCGUGCUCAAGGCCUGCGGCUGCGGCGUCGGGCUCCUGCUGCACGCCGAGGCCGUUACGAGGGGCCUGGAUCGCGAUCUGUUCACGAGGAACGCGCUCCUCAGCUUCUACUGCCGGAUCGGGGACUGCCGCUCCGGGCGCAAGGUGUUCGACGACGGCGCGCGGGACCUCGUCUCGUGGAACUCCAUGGUGGCCGGGUACGUUGCAUGCGGCGAGGUGGAGCUGGCGCAGGAGCUGUUCGACGAAAUGCCGCGCAGGGACGCGUUCUCCUGGGCCACCAUGAUAGAUGCCUACGGGAAGCAGUCCGGAGGCGUGGACCGUGCGCGCCAGCUGUUUGAUCAGAUGCCCGACAGGGAUUUAGUGUGCUGGAACUCCAUGAUCGAUGGGUAUGCUAGGCAGGGGAGGAUGGUCGAGGCGAGGGCGCUCUUCGAUGAGAUGCCUGAGAGGAACGUGAUCUCGUGGAGCAUCGUCGUUGACGGUUAUGUUAGGUGCGGGGAGCCUUCGGAGGCUUUGGAGCUUUUCCAAAGGAUGCUGAGGUGCGGCAUUAGGCCUGAUAGGGUCGCUGUGGUCGGGGCUGUCGCGGCGUGUGCGCAGCUGGGAGCUCUGGAGCAAGGCAGGUGGCUGCACUCUUACUUGGAGAAGAAGAAGGUUUUGUUCGAUGUCGUGGUCAAGACAGCUCUAAUGGACAUGUACAUGAAAUGUGGGCGCUUGGAUCUUGCCACGUUGAUCUUCGAAAGCAUGCCUGAGAAGAGCGUGGUUACCUGGAAUGUGAUGAUUGUUGGGCUUGGAACUCAUAGUUGCGGGCGUGAUGCUGUCAAGCUUUUCUAUCAAAUGGAGUCUGAAGGAGCACCAAUGGAUGAUCUUAGUGUACUUGCCGUGCUGACUGCUUGCACGCAUGCUGGGUUGAUCUCAGAGGGUUUAACGAUAUUUCAUAGAAUGAGCAAGGAUCUUGGGAUAGAUCCUAAGGUUGAGCAUUAUGGUGCAUUAGUUGAUCUCCUUGGCCGUGCUGGACAUUUGGACCAGGCUAGGCACGCCAUAGAGACAAUGCCGAUGGAACCAACUCCAGAACUAUGGGGAUCUCUUCUUGCUGCCUGCCGAAGCCAUAGGUGUGUCGAGCUGGCUGAGCUGUCGGUUGAACGCCUAGCAAGUCUUGGAGCAGAUGACUCCGGAGUCUAUGUUCUUCUGUCCAAUAUAUACGCUGAUGAGGGAAUGUGGGAGGGUGUCAUGAGGAUUAGGAGACUGAUGAAUGCUGAAGGGAUGAAGAAGGACACUGGAAGGAGUGUGAUUGAGGUGGAUGGACAAAUAAACGAGUUUGUGAACGGAGGCAGUUCACAUCCACAUAAGGACGAAAUUUACUUCAUGCUGUGGAAUUUAGCUAACAUGGUAGCAUCUACUUGAUUACUCCACUGUACAGCAAAUGUGUCUGAAUCCUGUGGUCUGAUGCCUGUUGAUUUAACAUUCAUGGCAUUUGAUUCUAAACUGUGGGAGGAGCUCUUGAAACUCUGUUAUUUCACACGGUUUCUCUGAACUCGGAAGCUGCUUGUCAUGACGAAUAUAUGCAAAUCUUCCUUGGUUUCAGGAAAACAAACUGUUUGGUUGGAACUCUGGCUUAUUUCCUGAUGAAGUGAGCUAUCCCCCCAAGUUCUAUUGAUAUACCAGCCAAACAGGUUUCUAAUCACAAAUUUUGAGAUCCAUGGGGUGGUCCAUUCCGUUUCUUUGAUUGACUUGCACAGAGGUAAAUAUAGUUUCGACUUUCAUAUUCAGUAAAAUAACAUAUUGGUUGAAUGAAGAAGCUCUAUUGGAUCCCUUCUCUCAGCCAAUUUUCAUUGGUAACUAACAGUUUGGGGCUACCA